UCUCUCUGCGGACGGCUGUUGUUACUCGCGCGUCGGAGGUUGUAGCGAGUCGGUCGCUUUUCCGCCAGGCAUGGAAUUACGCGGUGGACCUCGGCGCAGAGCAGAGCGUAAUCUUUCACUGGGAUAACUCUGGAAAUAAACACACGGAAAUAGAAUACGGGAGAUGGAUACCGGCUCCGACAACUCAAUGGAGCGCUUGGUGAGAGAGCUGCAGGUGCUGCUGAAGCUGCUUGACCACGAGUGUGUGAGCACUGCUACGGCCGAGAAGAUGACCACCGUCAGGAACCUCCUUGACCACAUCCAGCCUACUGUGAACGGAUCAGGCUUCAUCUACAUGAACACCUCGCUUUAUCGGAACGGGACCAGCUUUGUAGAGUCUCUGUUUGAUGAGUUUGACUGUGACCUACAGGAGUUGAGAGUUUCUCCAGAGGAGCUGAAGGAGCAGCAAGAAGAAGAGGAUGGGACCUCCAAGACCCAGCCCUCCAAAUCUAGUCCGACAGACACGCCCCCUCCCCUGCCGACCACGCCCAUUCCAGAGGACUACUAUGAGGAAGCGGUGCCUUUGGAUCCCGGGACCACGCCUCAAUACAUCACCACACGCAUCAGCUCCAGUCCACCCGUCUCCAUAGAGAUUCAGGAUGCUUAUUAUGAAGAUGCAGAUGACAACUAUCCGACAACACACAUCAACGGACCUUGCAAGAACUCCUACAAUGACUCUGACGCCCUGAGCAGCUCGUACGAGUCGUACGAUGAGGAUGAAGAGGAGGCCAAGGGGCGUGGCCGGCCGCCGCGUUGGAAGGCGGAGGAGAACACUGUUGGACCAAUGAAAGACUGCCGCAUCUGUGCCUUCCUCCUCCGCAAGAAACGCUUUGGCCAAUGGGCUAAGCAGCUGACAGUCGUCCGUGACAACCAACUACAGUGCUACAAAAGCAUUAAGGACAGCAGCCCCUACAUGGAGCUGCCUCUCAAUCUCUGCAACGUCAUCUACGUGCCCAAAGAUGGCCGCCGCAAGAAGCACGAGCUGCGCUUCUCCCUGCCCGGGGGCCAGGCCCUGGUGCUGGCCGUGCAGAGCAAGGAGCAGGCCCAGCGCUGGCUUCAGGUAAUCCAGGAGGUGGCGAGCCAAGCCAAUAGCACUGAGACAUUAGAGGGCUCCUCCUCUCCUAUUAUCCAGAGGAAAUUAGAGUUGGACAAGCUGCUGUCAGCUGACAAACACAUGUCGGACUCGGACAGUGCUGUCACCGGAGACAACCUGCCAUCCAAUCAUGGACCAGGCCGGGAGAAUGGAGACCAAGGGCGGGCUAAGCGAGGACCGUUCUCCGAGCUGACAGGUUCGAUGAGCCGAGCUGCAGGAAGGAAGAUUACCCGCAUCAUUAGCUUCUCCAAGAAGAAGUCCCCCCCCCCCUCCACCGGUCACCACGACAAUCCCAGAUGCGGCUACCUGAACGUGCUGGUGGGGCAGAGUUGGGUAGAGAACUGGUGCAGCGUGAGAGGGGGCACCCUCCAUCUCCACAGGGAGCGAGGCGACCUGCGCACCCCAGUUAGCUCCGUCCCUCUGGGCGGGGCUGAGGUGAACCCGGGGUUCGGACCCAAGCAUCCCUUCGCCUUCCGCAUCCUACAGGGGGGCAUAGAGCUGGCUGCACUGGAGGCCAGCGGCUCAGAGGAGAUGGGGAGGUGGCUGGGGGUCCUGCUGGCAGAGGCAGGGGGCUCCACCCUGCCCGAGGCCCUCCACUAUGACUACGUAGACGUGGACACCAUCAGCAACAUACAGGACGCAGCUAGACACUCCUUCCUGUGGGCUACUUCCUCUAGUGGCACGUCCACAGACUCCAGGACGUACGAUGAGGUCCCGUACGAAAGCUUUAUGCAGGGGGCACCAGAGGCCAGGCCGGCGCAGGUGAAACGCCACGCCUCCUUUUCUAGCAGAGAUGCAGAGAGGGAAGAGCCACAGGUCACCAUCAAAAGACACGCCUCCCAAGGUCCCCAGGAUGUGAACCAGUAUGGGAAGUACGGGAAGACGAGGGCAGAGGAAGAUGCUCGGAGGUACCUGAGGGAGAAGGAGGAGCUGGAGAUGGAGAAGGAGGCAAUCAGACAGGCCCUGAACACCCUGCGCAGCCAGAGGAGGGAGGCCAGGGAUCAGCUGAAGACUCUCACAGGUAAGCAGCAGCAGGCGGCAGAGCAGCGUGUGACCCAGCUGGAGGAGGCGUGUCGGGGGAAGGAGGGCGAGCGUGUCGAUCUGGAGCUCCGCCUCUCAGAGGUUAAGGAGAAUCUAAAGAAGUCACUGGCUGGAGGGGUGCUGGGCCCGCCCACUGACAACAAACCAAUCAGCAAGGUGCAUGUGAGGAAGGUGGAGAACGUGUACAGUGAGUCGACCACACCUGUCAACUGUGCAGCAGAGAUGAAGAAACGGCCCCCUUCUCUCUAUGCCUCCUCCAGAGGCAACGUCAUGCAGAAGGCCAAGGAGUGGGAGUCGAAGAAGGGGACCUAGCCCGACAUACAGAAGGACGUGUGAAGGAGGAGAGCUGGUGUGACAUGUUUUCUGAUCAGACAUGGCGGAGUUUGAGGGGAGUCGCAGAAGGAAGAAAAGGAAGAGGAGAAAAAGGAGGUUGCAGGAGUUAACCCCCCUGGGUGGCAUAUGAACAACCCUACCUUCCUCUACCCUAGUUUCUACCCUAGCGUCUACCCUAGUUUCUACCCUAGCAUUUACCCUAGUGUCUACCCUAGCCUCUACCCUAGUCUCUAGUCCCAGUAAGUUUAGGUCUGGACCUGGUCUGGACUUGGUCUGUCUGGGUUAUGUAGGCAUAAACCACACCACUCCUGCUGAAGGACUGAAGACGUAAUUGGUUGAAUUCGCUCCUCAAGUUGAAAUCCCACCCGCACCAUCGACAAGCUAGGUGGUUGGUGGGGUAGCUGGCACAUGCAGUGUUAUUAUAGGUGGUCGUCACGUUUUUAAGUGAUUAGAUCCCGGCAGUGGGCAAGAGAGGGAAGCAAUUAUAACCACAAACCUGUUACAUCAGCACACUCUCUGUCUCUGACUGGUAACAUGUACAGGAUGUAUGAGUGUAUAUAAAUUAUUAAAUGGCUUGUUUCGUGGUUCAGUGUUUGAUGGUGUUGGUUGUUACUGUCAGGUUGUAGUGUCAGGUUGUAAUCCGUUGAGACUGUGCCGCAAUUAGAAAUGACCUCAGUAGCCUGUAAUGCCUCUGUAAUGUGUGGACUUGGACUGAGAUUAGUUGGAAAUGUGAAUAUGCCUGUUGGAUAUGAAUAUGUAUGGUCAUCAUGCAAAUGUCGGAGUCAGGAUAACAAAGGGACAAGGAAUGUUGGAAUAAGUUUUGUGCUGUUAUGUAACAAAGAAGAUAUUUAACCUGAAA